CGGAUUUCGAAUAGCACGUUACAGCUUGCAUUAUGGCAGAUGUCCUGUCACUCUUGCGGGAGUAUCAUCUAAAUGGCAGGCCAAUCGUUGAGACUCAAACUGAGGUGAUAUUUGGAGACUUUGCCUGGCCCAAAACCACCAAAACCAACUUUUUAGUAUGGGGGUAAUAGCUGCUGCUUUGCUUUCAAAUCAAUAAUCAUAGGUCUGGCAAAGAAGGUACUCCAAAAGACUAUUAUACCCUUGACUGUGUUGUGUAUUUAUUGAAGCACAUUGAUUUGCCACAUACUCAGUAUGUGCGACAAGCAGCAGUAAGCAGUCGUAUUCCCAUUUAGGAAGUAAUAACUGUCAUGUAGAGUGCUGGUCUCCCCGUGGUGCGACUUCCCGAUCGACGUGACCUGUUGGCUUACUUAAAGGGUGAAACAAAUACUGCUCCAAAUAUUGACAGAGCUGCUCCCGUUGACAUUUCCUUGCGUCGAGCUGUUGCUAAACAAACAGAUGCACAUUCGCAUAUUCGAAGAGAUGCAGCUGAUAUACUUGGUACAGAUGGUUUCAGUGUCGAUUCUGAGGCCAAACGAAUGCGACUUACGAGUAGUGUUGAAGGAUUGGAUGACAGUUUGUUAAGUCGUGAGUCGCAAGCUCGUUUGAAAUCUAUGGUACUUGAUGAAGAGGCGAUCGCACGUGAAAAGCGUGAUUUGGCUGCUAAGCUAGAAAGUUCGUUUGGCAAUCGUUCCUCUAGUUUCAUCCAACCUGAUCAAGCUAAAUCAAGCACAUUGCCAGAAGCUGUUCCACUGGACAAAAUUCAGUCAUGGCGAGCGAAGUUCCGUGCCAUUCAACAGCAAAGAAUCAAGACGGGUGAUGUAGAUCAGGCGUUUGAAGUCCCUGUAGCAAAUUAUCCUGGCAGUGAUGGUGACACUGGACUGUCAGUUAUGUCUUUAGAUGCUCGAGACUCCCGUGUUGGUCUUCAUAGUGUAGUACCUGGAGGCGAAUCUCAGUCUAUUAUUCGGAUAGACGAUGUUACUCAAGGUCAAUUAUAUUCAGGCAGCACUCUCCUUAGAGCUUCUCUUAUGGCUGACGAAGCGCCAGUACGCGCAAUUGUAGCGCGUGAGCGUUCCUGGAGAAAUCGUGUCUCGGUUUUACAGAGUCAAGGAAAAACAUUCUAUGAAAACAUUGUUUUGGGAAUUCUUCGAAAUGUAAUCUUGAAAGAAGAUGCUCAUAAUGCUCCAGAUCCUAAAGCAGCUGGCAGAUUAGGCUAUACGGCUGCUAACAAUCAAUCGACACUUUUCCCUCAACCACUGGCUGUCGGAACUUACUAUUCAAAACCUAACGGUGCAAAUACUGGGUCAGCUAUGGCGCUCAGUACAGGGCAGCCUAUGUCUGUCUCCAAUUCCAAUGCGCCGCAUCAUUCACAGAUGCAUUAUUCGAGAUACGAUCAAGAGCGUUUUACAGGUGGACGUGAAGAAACUGCCGGCUUUCGCAUCGAUACUAUGAGUUCUUAUCACGGAAAGGCCUUGGUGUCAAUGGUUGCCGGUAGUGCAGACAAGCCAAAUUCAGAUAAUUUUGCUGGGAGUUCAACUCCUCUCCGUACGCCAGCGACUGCUUCUAGGUCAAUGGGAAACGAAACUCCGAGUAUUCCUUAUGAACCUCAAUCUCUCAGAGACCCUCGAGCUACUGCCUCCGGGAUUCCUUCGACCCCAAGUGCUACUCCUGAUGCAUAUCGUGGUUUACGCUCUACUGCUGAUGCCCGCCUAACUGCUCGAAAUAAAAUCAGGUCAUCUCGUAUUCCAAUUAUUAUAAUUCCCGCAGCACCAACUAGUCUAAUUACUAUGUACAAUGCCAGAGAUAUCUUACAAGAUUUACGUUUCGUUAAAUCUCAGGAAAAGCAAGCUUCAGGUAUGCGUCGGGAAAAUGAAAUUCUGAUUCAACGUCAGAAAUCUGAUGGUCGAACUGUACCGUAUCGUGUGGUGGACCAACCGAAUAAAUUAUUAUUAGAUGAAUGGAAUCGUGUUGUGGCUGUUUUUGUCCAGGGUCAAGCAUGGCAAUUUAAAGGUUGGCCAAUCAGCUCUGAUCCAGCUGUAAUUUUCUCCCAAAUUAAAGGUUUUCAUUUGAAAUAUACCAAUAUGCCUUUGGAUCCAAAUGUAGCCAAAUGGAAUGUACGUGUAAUCGACUUAGAUCAACGGCGUCAUCUAGACAAGGCUAAUUUUCAACAAAUCUGGGAACAACUAGAUAAACAUAUAGCUAGAAAUAAGCCAUUUUUACGUUCUUAGGAGGGGAAAGAGGAGGAGAAGGAGAAGAAGAUGAAAUCAUUUCUUUUUUUGUAUAAAGAGACUAGGUUGUUUUUGUUAUCAUUAUUAUUAUUUUUUGAUUAAUUUGUUAAAAUAAACAAUGUAUAUAAAAAUGUUCAA